AUGUCAUACUACAACGAAGGCUACGGCCAGUCCCAAAACUACAACGAGCCUCCUCAAGUUCCUGAGCCAUGGGUUGCGAGGUGGGAUGGUGCAGCGGGAAGAUGGUACUUCAUCAACCAACAGACAGGCCAGCAAACUUUCGAAUAUCCCCAGCAGUCAAGUCGUGAUGGAGGCUACACCAGCAACUAUCGACAAAACUAUGGCGGGCAGAAUGAGGGUGGCUACUACGAGCAGCAACCUCAGAAGGAGUCACAUACAGGUCGUAACCUCGCUCUCGGUGUUCUAGGUGGCGCUCUUGCGGGUGCAUUCGUGGAGCAUGAAGGGGAGAAAGUUGGUGAGGAGUUUUUAGGAGCAUCUUUUACGAUUGACAACGACACUAAUAAGGUUGCAGAGGAGAAAUGGGACGAAGACAAGUACCGCGUUGAGAAUGACGUUCGCCAGGAUGUCGACAAUGUUGAGGACUUUCCGGAAGACGCCGCUCGCUGGACUGGCCGAAAGGUUCAAGACGUUGAAGACAUUCCUCAAGACAUUGAGAACAAGUGGGACAACGGCGUGCAGGAUGUCGAAGACGUGCCAGAAGAUGUGGCUGGCUGGGCUGGUGGAAAAAUAGGUGAUGCGGAGCGAUUCGGUGACAAUGUCGACAACGCCUAUGACCAGGGUCGUGAUGAAUCUCGCUACGAUGAUGAUUAUCGUGGCAACUACUAAAGGGCUGUAGCUACGGCCAUCAACUUCCAAACAGCGCUGCUUCAGCAUAUCCUACACCUCAAGAGCUCCCUAUGGAAUCCUAUGGACACCCAACAAUAUUCACCACAAUUCCACGAGAGCCGAAUUUAUGUCCUCCUGGGAUCCUCAGUGCUUCUCACGGGCUUCUAGAACCACACGGCAUGC